AUGAAUCGUCUGUCAAUUGUAUUGGUUAUCGCGUUGGUCGGUUACUCACUGUGUGCACCAGGCUACGGGAGUGGAUCACAAAAUAAUGGUAAUCAAGGCGAAUACCAACAGAGUAGCCACAGUGGUGGUUUACAACACGGAAGCGGUGGAAGCCAGGGAUUUGGUAGUGGUGGAAGCCAGGGACAUGGUAGCAGUGGAAGUCAGGGACAUGGUAGCAGUGGACAUGGUAGCAGUGGACAUGGUAGCAAUGGAAGCCAGGGACAUGGUAGCAACCAAGGAUAUGGUAACAACCAAGGAUAUGGUAACAGCCAAGGACAUGGUGAAUACCAACAACAGGAACAUGGUGGACAUGGACAAGGAAGUCAAUAUGUCAAUAAUCAAGGACACGGUUCACAACAACACGGACAAUACGGACAAGGUGGUCAAGGGUCACAACAACACGGACACCCUGGUCAUGGUUCACAACAUCAGGGACAAAGUGGUCAUGGUUCAAAUCAUCAAGGACAAGGUGGUCAUAACUCAAAUCAUCAUGGAAACUACUAA